AUCCAUUUAUUCAACUCUCCCCCUCCCCCACACACUAUUGAGUGGAUCUCACGCCUCAUCCCCUUCCUUUCCCCUUCCACUGACUGUCGACGGGCUCGACAGCGGCCGCGAGUACUCGACGGUGGGCACAGCACGACCUCGACGAUGGCGGGCGCGGAGCAGGAACCGCUCUCAGGCAGGAGGACCUGCUAUGAACCUGCUCCCCGCUGCUCUACACUGCUCCUGCUCCCAGCCGCUCUAGCACCUCGAAUAGCCCAUUCGGUGGUGCUUUCCAGCUCUGCCAGGCCCGCGGUGGAUCAACAAGCAGCAAAUUGAGCUUCUCCUUCCAUUAAUCGACCUCGUCAAGCAGCAAAUCGAGCUCCUUCUCUUGUGAAUCGACCUCACGGAGCAGCAAACUGAGAACUUCCACGCGGUUAAUGUCAAAGAGGCUGUGCAAUGCGUAGCUCCUUAUUUAGAGGAUACAAGCCAACCAAGUCAGCACAUCUACUUCGAUGGAUGGAGUGGGCUUGGUGCAUCUGCGGUCCUUACAUCUAUAGCUAAAGACCUCCCGCCAUAAGUGAGAAACAAAUUUGAUAAAAUCAUCCAUAUUGAUUGCUCUAGGUGGAAAAAUCGGAGAGAACUCCAGAGGACAAUUGCACAGGAACUAGGGCUUCCUCACCAUGUAAUGGACAUUUUAGAUAAACAAGAUGAGCAGGAUGAUUUCAGCGGGGCAGAUGAAGGCACUAGGGUUGAGAUUGUAGCGGUCGGAAGAGAGAUUCAUCAAGCCCUGCAAGGACAGAGUUGUCUAGUGGUUUUCCAUAAUGGGAGCACUAACAUGAUUGACUUGAAUGAUUUUGGCAUUCCUCAACCUGCAGAUCGAUGGUCAAGCUUUGUUCAGAAGGUAUUGUGGACCUUCCGUGGACGGCUUCAUGCCAUCCCAGGAAUGAAGCCGGCAGUCGAUCCAACACGUGCUCCUUCAACUUCAAGUGCAGAAUCAACCAAGCCUAGUAAUGGUAAUCAAUCACAGACAGAUAAGGAAGAGCUCUCAAGGGAAGAUGUUCCAGCGGCAGGGGAUGCAAAAGUAGACAACUCACAAGUUUAUCUUUACUCGUAUCUUAAGGAUAGUGAAAGUGAGCACUGGAAUGGACUAGUACAUGAAGAAGCUAAAGAAAUAGCUCAAUACAGUCGUAAGCUUGGUGUCACCUCAGAAACAGCUGCAUUGUGCUGCAAGUAUAUGUUGUUACUGAAUUCUAGGGGUGUGGAUGAUGACGGACUGGACUACAACUGGGCCACCCAUGCCUCCAACUAUUGGGUUUGCGAUGGAAUUAUACAAGAACACCAACAGGACAAAGCAUGGGAGGUAGCCACUGCUUUGCUCGAGGAGAUGAAACUAGAGGACUUCUCAUCCUACAGAUUGCCUGAUUUUGGUGAUAAAACACACUGGGUAGUAGCCACCGGUUCUGAUACGGCUCAAGAAAUUAAGCCAGAGACAACAUCAUUUUUUUGUGCGAACAGGAAAGGACGGGUAGCAUCAUUACCCACUAAAAUAUUCCAGAGAUGUGAUGAGCAACUUCAUGUACUGAAACUUUGCCUCUGCACUUUCAGCUUUUCUUCACCGCCUUUCCUUCAUUGUCGGAACAUAAGAUUUCUUGGACUGGAUAAGUGCAAGGAUCAGCCCAAGAAACUAGAAGGAAAGGAGGAAGAGGAUAGACAAAAAAUUAAUUUCUUCCAGAGUCUAUGGGUGCUUGACCUAUGUGACACAGAUUGGGAACUGGACUUAUCCCCAAAUAUAAUUGAGAGUAUGCUUAAAAACAUUAGGGAGAUACAUAUAAAGAGGGGAAGAAUCUGGAGCAACAGUUAUGCAUGGACAUGGAGACAUCUACACAACAUUCACAAGCUUCGAGUGAUUGAGCCUACAUUGCAUUGGAAAGACGAGGGUAAGGAUGAAGAGACCAAGGAUGAAUUCAUGAAUAUGUCCAAGCUGGAGCUCCUUGAUUUGUCAGGGAAUAGCACUGUGAAAGUUUUGCCAAGAUUAUCAGGCGUAAGUAGCCUCGGUACUCUGGUUCUAGAUGGCUGUGUUGGUUUGAUGACAGUUGCCCCUGAAGCAAUACCUCCAUCUCUGGAAACAUUUAGCUUUGAUGCAGGGGAAGGAAAGCACGGCAAUAAGAAAGCUAAGAUCUCUCGCAUAUCCAUGGCUGGUUGUGCAAGGCUAGUGAACUUCAGAUUGCGUGGAUCUCUUCUGAAUCUCGAGGAGCUGGACCUUUCAAACACAUCGGUCAAAAUACUAAACUUGAAAGAUGAGGUGGUGCAGGUCCCAUUUCUGCAACGACUCAUUUUGUUGGGAUGUGAGCAAAUCCGUGCCAUACUUUGGCCCAAGGCUGGAAUGCCCAAACUAGUGGUGCUACGCAUUGCCACUCGAGGAGGCAAAGAAGAAGCUAGAUCAAAAUCACCUCAUGAUGCUGAUUACUCUUUGGUCAUCAGCAAGGAACAUGAAGAGAUGUGCCACGCACGUGUUGCUGUUACGGACUUGAGGUUCCUUCAGUCGUUGUUGCUUGCAGGUAGCAACAAGUUUUGCUGGAACACAGCUAGAUUUAAUCUGAGUCUCUACUUGUCUUCUGCUAGCGAAGAUGAUGAUGGACAAAACAACAGGAAGGAGAAAAUGGGCCGCCCUUAUAACACUGGACCAUUAGUUGCCUCACGUCUGCACAAGUCCCCACUAAUCCUCCAGAGUCACAAGAUCUAUAGUGAUAUCAACACUACUGACGAGGCAACUGGCAAUCAUGAUGGCAGUAGUGCGCAGCAGUUUCAGCCACUGGACUUUCAUGUUGAGAUUGGUGAGGAAAUAAGCAGUGCUACUGUGGUCACCGAACAAGAAAUCAGGGCAGUGAGAUUUGUUCUUAAUAAGGUCAACUCAUUGCAUGUGCACGACAGCUUUUCCAUGAACACUGUUAUCCCUGGAAGCAUGGUCACCCGUGAAAGUUGGUCCGAUCUCAAGUGGUGCUCCAUCGAAAGAUGCCCCUAUCUGAACACCGUGUUCACCACUGACGACGUGUUCUGCUUCCCUGAACUAGAGACAUUCUGGGGGGCUCAUCUUUCGACUGCACGUUGUAUCUGGAGCAAAGGAUGGAUGUCCCUUCCAUAUUCUGGAAAACUCCGGGCUAUAAAUCUGCACUUGUGCCCUAGGCUCACAUUUGUCCUCCCAUUGUCAUGGUCCCAAACCUUGUCCUCACUAGAGACCCUCCGCAUCAUCUACUGUGGUGACCUCACUCAGGUCUUCCCCGUGGAAGCAGAGUUUCUGAAGGAAUCAUCUACUGGCCAUCCAAGAGGCGAACUGGAACUUCCAAACCUGAGGCACUUACACUUGCAUGAGCUCCCCAAGAUUCGUCAGAUAUGCGAGGUCAAGAUGUUUGCUCCCAAGCUCGAGACCGUCUGGGUGAGGGGAUGUUGGAGCCUCAAGCGCAUCCCAGCCACCACAGACCGCCCGGAGAGCCGCCCUAUUGUGGACUGCGAGAAGGACUGGUGGAACAAGCUGGAGUGGGACGGAAACAAGACUCGCCACCAUCCCUCCCUCUUCCAGCUGCGCCACUCCAAGUACUAUAAGAAGACCCUGCUUAGAAGCUCGGUUCUCCGGUGAGCCUCGCCGACCUGAUUGAUGAUGUUACUACUCCAGUCAACGCACCACCAGGUUUCCUGGUGGAUACAUCGCAGCGAUGUCUCAGUUGCUACCUAUGGCGUGCUUCCUUUAAUUUCCAUUGCGUUUGACAUGUCUUGGGUGUGUUUGUUUUCUCAAGAAUAAAUUGGUAGCUGAUGCUGGUUGCAUUGCAUCCACCAAGUUGCACUGGGUGUGCUUGAUGCUAUGUGAGUUCGUGACCAUGAAGCACGGCUUGUUUGCUUGGUGUUGUUUGUGUAUUUAUUUUGUGUGUAUGCUUAAAAUAAGAGGGAGGGUCUCAUGUGUGGCUUGGCGCUCUUGGUGUGUGUGUGUGUGUGUGUUUGAACUGCACAAUAUUUUCACAGUUUGUAACUUUGUAUGUGUGAUGAAUUGACUCAGCAGCAUGCUAAUGAUGCAUAUACAUUUGAAAA